AGGUCUUUGAGACACGGACAGGUGCAUGUGGGCCCAAUAACUUGGGAGGUUCUACCACAGAUGGAGGCUUUAAAAUCACUAUCCAUAUACUCAACAUAGUCCCUAGUAAAUCAGUAUCCAAAACUCCAUAUGAGUUGUGGAAUGACAGAAAGCCCACGCUCAACUACUUUCACAUAUGGGGUUGUCCAGCAGAAGCUAGAAUAUUUAAUCCUGGACAGAAAAAGCUAGAUGAUAGAACCACUAGCUUCCAUUUUAUUGGCUACCCUGAGAGAUCAAAAGGUUACAGAUUCUACUGUCUAGGUAGACAAACCAAGUUUAUAGAAACCAUACAUGCCAUUUUUCUAGAGGGUGACAUGAUCAAGGGGAGCAAGGUACUCAGAGAGGUUGACCUUUACGAAAGAGGACGUAUGUACCGAUUCUAAUGGUUAAAAAACCAUACUUCUCGAUACCUAUUGUGGUUCCACCAAUGGUUGUAACGAUGAGGUGAAACCCCUAUUGCAAAUGUUGCAUCACCCAGUGCAGCUACUAUAGAGCAAGUUUCUUCACCUUCUGCGUAGCCUGGCCCUUCUGAGUCGGUCGCACAGGAGAGUUCACAAGACAGUGGUAGUGUUGCGCCAAGUGACACACUAUUGUAGGAGCCCCAGAACAAACCAGAACUAGAACCAAGUCUAAAAAGGUCUCUAUGGUCCAGACGAUCUGUGAUUCCUGACGACUAUGAAGUUUACGAAAGUGUAGAAACAGAAUGUGAUGAGAUUUAUAUGAGCGAGGACAUUGAUGUAGAAGGUGAUCCCACUACAUAUGAAGAAGCUAUGAUAAGUGAAAAUUCAACCAAAUGGUUUUUAGACAUGGAAGAUGAAUUGGAAUCCAUGAGAAUAAACAAAGUUUGGGACUUAGAGGUCAUUCCCUAAAGAGCCAAAAUAGUAGGCUGUAAGUGGGUCUACAAGACCAAACGUGACGCCAAAGGGAAUGUAGAAAGGUACAAGGCUAGACUUGUGGCCAAGGGGUUCACACAGAGAGAAUACAUUGACUACCAUGAAACCUUCUCACCUGUAUCAACGAAAGAUUCAUUCCGGAUCAUUAUGGCAUUAGUGGACCAUUUUGAUCUAGAUCUCCACCAGAUGGAUGUAAAAAUAACAUUCUUAUAUAGAGAGUUAGUAGAAAAACGUUUUCAUGGCACAACCAAAGGGUUUCGUCAUGCGCGGUAAAGAACAUAUGGGAUGUCACCUAAGGAGGUCCAUUUAUGGAUUAAAACAAGCCUCUAGACUGUGGUACAUCAAGUUUGAUCAGACUAUCAGAAAGUUUGGUUUUCAAGGAAAACGAGGAAGACAAUUGCAUUUAUGCAAAGUUUAAGAAAGGAAAAUUCCUUGUUCUAUAUGCCGAUGACAUACUUUUAGGUAGUAGUGAUAAUGAUAUACUGGCGGAAACAGACAUGUUUCUUUCCUCGAACUUUGAUAUGAAAGAUAUGGGAGAAGCCUCUUAAGUUCUAGAAAUAGAAUUUCACAGAGAUAGACAUAAGGGAGUAUUAGAACUCUCACAGAAGUCAUAUAUAGAAAAGUAAUAAAGAAUUACAGUAUGCAUCAGUGUAAGGCCACGCCUGCGCCAAUAGUCAAGGGUGAUAAGUUUGGGAAUUAUCAAUGUCCCUAGAAUCAGUGUCAGAAAGAUCAGAUGAAGUCAGUACCAUAUGUUUCUACUAUUGGAAGCAUUAUGUAUGCUCAAAUAUAUAUUCGCCUAACUUAGAAUUUACUACCGAGUUGCUUGGGAGAUAUAAAAUCAACACAGGCAUAGAACACUGUAAACAAUUAAGAAGGCUCUAAAGUACGUGCAAGGUACUAAAAGGUCUCAUGCUAACAUACAAAAGAUGUAGUUCCCUAUGAAUAGUUGGUUGUGCAGAUGCCGACUGAUGAGGUUGUAAAGAUAGACUGAAGUCUACUUUAGGGUAUGUACACUCUCUAGGGGAGUUAUUUCUUAGAAAAGUUGCAAACAGACAACGAGAUCAUCGUCGAUAAUGGACGCUGAGUUUGUAGCCAUAUAUGAGGCAAAUGGGCAGGCAUUAUGGAUGAAGAAAUUCGUACCCGAAUUAAGAGUGGUUGAUAGCAUAGAGCGAUCACUGAGAAUUUACUGCGAUAAUGAGCCUACGGUAUUUUACUCCUAUAACAACAAGUCAAGUUCUUUGUCAUUUAGUGUUAUGUUGUUAAGGAGAAAAUUCAGGAUCAAACCAUAAAAGUUGAGCAUAAUAGAAGAUAGCAAUGUUAGCGGAUCGCUCACAAAAGGCCUUCCACCCAACGUGUUAAGACAACAUGUAGCCGACAUGGGUUUAAGGGAGUGCAUAUGAUCUUGAUUCACAGGGGCUACAAAUUGCAACCUAAUAAAGUAUCUUUUCGUUCUGAAGCAGGGGAUCAUGUUGUAGUCAUUGAGUGUGGUGAUACUUAAUCGGUCAUUGUCACACAUUGGUCUCUAUGUGUAAACUUGUCAAGGGAUGGAAUCCCAAACGUUGAGUAUAAGGAAUGUAGAGAACAAAGGAGAGAUUGUUGGGUGUGUCCUCUACACCCAGUCAUCAGUGACUGGAUUUGGAUUAACCCAAUCGUCCAUCUCCUUAAUCAGGCCCUUGAUUUGGAGGGUCCACGCUAACCUCGGUUGGAGCCACCUGUCACACGACGCUAUAUAAAGGAUUAAGGGUCGUAGGAAAUUAAAGCCAACACUAGUAUCUUGCCCUAAACCCAAAUCCACAGACAGGACCCUAUCGCCUAGGCGUUGGAGUGACUGGAAGAACGACAACUCUAAUGGCGGCCUCGAAUCUCGACGACUGAGCCACCUCUAGCAGGAAUGGAGGAGGUGGUGGAGAGGAUUGAAUCCAUCUCCACCACUGUAAGGCAACAAUAUGUCGUCCUAAUCACCUCUGUUUAUGUGUUCACAGUGAGAGCACACGCGUAGAUUCACUACUGUUCAUUCAAGUAACCUCAGAUCGACUAAGUGUGACCCAGCAAAGAUCCCAUAGAACCAGUGGCGGAGUUAGAAUCUCUUUAAGUAUAGGGCCGAAUAUAACACUGAAAACGAUGUAUAGACCUUUAGACACCAAAAACUAGCUCUUUGGACAACAGUCACAGCUAACCAUACUUGCCAGUAUAUGGACCUUUAGAGACUAUUUGGUCCAAAAGUAAGACACAGGCCCUACUAGCCAUAGGCCUAUCUCCGCCAAUGUUUUAAAUCACCGGAGAUCGCUGCCGCUAUCGCCGGAGAUCGCUUCUGGCAAACAAUGCCGCUAGGAGAUUACAAUUCUGCCGCUAUUGCUUGCUGACCGCUAUUAGCCGCUAUUAGCCGGUGAAAUCCGUUAAAUGGGCCAUCUUCUAGCGGCAGCUAAAUCAAACCUGGGCCAUUUUCUUGCGCGCGUCCGACCCAGCCCAUUAUCUCCCUCUACCUUUUCUUGUGCAAAACUGCGAACCCUAGCUCAGACUCUCAUUUCCAAAAGGCACUGGCGGCUGGCUUCAACCUGAUGGCGGCGGCUGGCUUCAACAGUUCAAGUUCAACACGUUGGUUCCCUGCUGGCGGUAAGCAAUGAAGCAAGUAGCAACAAUCAAGGCAGCACUCCAAUAGUAUUCUCUCCACUCUCCAACCUCCAAUUGUUGUCCAGUUGAACCGGCACCAUGUCUCAGCAAGAGAAGCAAACAGGCAUGUAUUUUUCAAUAGAUGUUCAUGUGACGUGUAGUGUAGUCCCUUGUAGCUAUGUUUUCUGCAGCAUUUUUUUGGUGAUUAAAAUAGUUGUAGUAGUUCCAUUGAUGUAGGUGGUAGGCUGCAACACAUUGACUUGUAGUUAUGAUUGUUUUACCAUAUCAUUCACUUGAGUAUCAUCCUAUUUCUUUCCGAUGAACUUUAAUCCAAAAUAUUCAAUGGUGGAUAUAUAUAAAAGUAUAGACACUGCAAAAAAAAGUGUAGCUGCGAUGGUGCAUUUGAUAUUGCAAAUAGAUUAACAAUCUAGACACUCUAUUGAUACCUUUUUUAAAACAAUUUUAUUGACUUCUCCGUGUACCAUGUACCUAAACCUGGUCAACAGCUGAACUAUAAUUUAGGAUGGUGCUAACGUGAAGAAAUGUUCUUGCUGACAAAUGUAUUUUUACUUAUUUUUUUUGUUUCGUUAUUGAUCCAUACUCUAGCUCACAAGCUUGAUGAACAUUUGGUUAGCGCUAACGGCUUUUUAUGGAUUUCCAACACGAAUAUACUUUGAAACCUGAAUACAAGCAAUAUUGCAACUCGUAUUUUUGAAGAAGUCAAGGUUUCACAUGACAGAACGUACGUCGUAGUGGCAAGCAAUGUUGUAAUGACAAUUAAAUUUCUUAUCAGUAUCUUGCUUUAUACGUGAUUAAAAUAGUUGUAGUAGUUCCAUUGAUGUAGGCGGUAGGCCGCAACACAUUCUUCAAUAGAUGUUCAUCUGUUUAAAGCUUUUCAUUUUCCUAAUAUUAUGCAUUAUGUGUCUUCAAAUUGUGUAGUUAUUCCAUCAAGUGUCGCCUCUGCCUCUGUAUCAAAUGCAGCAGCACCACAAGCUAUUAUCAACUCAGAUGAUGUAGCUUGGGCUCAUUGUUUUUGCCCAGAUGCAAACAAGAAGCAUUGGCUGAAGUGCAAGUACUGUGACAAGCUAUGCAAAGCUGGGAUUACAAGAAUUAAGUGGCACCUUGCUGGUAUUAAAGGGAAUAAUGUUACAAAGUGUUUGAAGGUUCCAAGUGAUGUGAAAGAAGAUAUGAUUGCUUUGCUUACAAAGAAUACAGAAGAAAAGGACCAUAAAGCAAAAGAAAAGGAAAGAGAGAGAUGAAAUUAACUUAGACAUCUGAGAAGAUGAAAGUUGUGAGCAAGUGGAUAUUGAUCUUGGGAAUGAAGUCCUUGUGGUGAAGCAAAAGCCAACAAAAGGUUCUAGUAGCCUUAGCUGUAGAACAGUGGUACGUGGUGGCACUAUUGACAGAUUUUAUAAACCUUCUACUAUUGAAGAAUUUGUUCAAAUGAUGCAUAAAGGAAUUAACCUUAGCAACAAGGUUCAAACAACAUUGUCAACUCAGAAAAGAGAAGAGAGAAGGGAUAAGGCUUGUGAGUACAUAUGUCAGUUUUUCUAUGAAGCUAGUAUUGCACACAACACAGUCACCCUUCCUAGCUUUGCACUUAUGCUUGAGGCCAUUGGGCAAUUUGGUAAAGGUUUGAGAGGGCCUAGUCCUUAUGAGAUGAGUGGACCAUUCUUGCAGAAAAGGAAACAAAAGGUAUUGGAUGGUUUCAAGAACCACAAGGAAUCAUGGGAGCAAACAGGAUGUACAAUCAUGACAGAUGCAUGGACAGAUAGGAAGGGUAGGGGAGUGAUGAAUUUAGUCGUCCAUAGUGCUCAUGGAGUUUGCUUCUUAGAUUCAGUGGACUGCUCGGGUGAGAGAAAAGAUGGUAAGUACAUAUUUGACCUUGUGGACAAAUGCAUAGAGGAGAUUGGGGAGGCAAAUGUUGUCCAAGUGGUGACUGAUAAUGCUAGUGUCAAUACAGCAGCAGCAAGCCUAUUGACAGCAAAGAGGCCCUCAAUAUUUUGGAAUGGAUGUGCUGCUCAUUGCCUAGAUCUCAUGCUAGAGGAUCUUGGGAAGCUUGAGCCAGUGGAGCAAACUAUCACAAGUGCAAGGCAGAUCACUAAUUUCUUGUAUGCUCACACAAGGGUGUUAGAUUUGAUGAGAAAGUUUCUGAAGAAAGACUUGGUGAGAUCUGGGAUUACUAGAUUUGCUACUGCCUACUUGAACUUGAAAAGCUUGCUUGAUAACAAGAAAGAAUUGACAAGGUUGUUCAGAUCAGAUGAACUUAAUGAGUUGGGUUACUUGAAAAAGGACAAGGGAAAGAAAGCCAAUAAAGUUGUGAGAUCUGAAACCUUUUCGAAAAAUGUUGAUAUAGCUGUAAAUUUUUUUGAACCAUUGGCAAAUGUGUUGAGGAGACUGGACAGUGAUGUACCGGCAAUGGGAUUCUUUCAUGGAUUAAUGCUUGAGGCAAAGAAAGAAAUUUCUGAGAGGUUUGACAAUGAUGAGAGCCGCUACAAAGUUGCUUGGGAUAUUAUUGAUAAGCGGUGGGAUAGCAAGCUCAAAACUCCGCUUCACUUAGCUGGGUACUACUUGAAUCCUUACUUUUAUUAUCCAAAGAAGUCUGAAAUUGAGCAUGAUGGAUCCUUUAGAGCUGGAGUGAUUAAUUGCAUUACAAAGAUGAUUGGUGAUGAAGAAACACAAGACAAAAUAAUUGAAGAACUCUACAUGUACCAAGAUCAACAAGGGACAUUUAUUUGGACAUGAAAUUGCCAUAAGGCAAAGGAGAAACAAGAACUUUAAUCCAGCAAAGUGGUGGCUAAACCAUGGUACAAACACACCUAAUCUGAGGAUAUUGGCUUCAAAAAUUCUAAAUCUAACAUGUAGUUCCUCAGCUUGUGAGAGAAAUUGGUCCGUAUUUGAACAGGUUCAUACAAAAAGGAGAAACAGGCUACUUCAUGAUAGGAUGAGAGACCUUGUGUUUGUUAAAUUUAACUCCAAGCUAAGGGGAAAGAAGGAGAGAAUAGACAGAGAUCCUUUAGAGAGGGAAGUAGAUGAUGUUGUUGGUGAUGAUGACAAUGAAUUCAUUACUGGUAUUGUACCUCUUCCGAAUGAUGUUGUUGAACCAGCGCAAGAUGGAAGAUCACAGGGAGAACAAACAUCACAAGCACAAGUUCAAGUACAAGCAAAAAGAAAGAGGUCUAUGAAGCCUAGAAAGAAGUUAAGAAGCCUCCAGUCUCUGAUGCGUGAUGUUUAAGUUCAAGUGCAGCAGUCCUCAUCGGAUUCAGAAGAUGGUGACAUUGCAAUGGAAUUCUCUGAAUCUGAUAAGUCUCCACAUGCCUUUGAUUCUGAUUGAUGCUAGAUUACAAUGUUAUAUUUGACCUUGUGGACAGUCAUUUUGGGUGAACUGUGAACUAAACUAAUGAUCUCAAUGUCUUGGAGCUUAGACAUUUUGUUUUAAGUUAAGCUGAGCUCAGACAUUUUGUUUUAAGUUAAGCUGCUCAGACAUUUUACGGCAGUCAUGUAUAGAGCUGAACUCCUAUAUGUAUGGCAAUAUGUAUGACUAUCAAAUUUGUCGUCUAUUCAUCUA